GCCGGAUACGAAACUGGUUAUCGUUUAGGGGAAAAACCAGACGGUUUUCCCCGCGCCUUGGCAGCGGAAGGCCACUUUACCGCACCGUGGCGUGCGCAAGAUCACAGCCACACACGCUCGCACCUCACCUCCUCGCUUGCCCUUGGCCGGCCCCCUCCCCGCCUCUUCCCUCCCCCGAUCUGGGAAACAGAAGCCAAUGGCUUCCGCCUCUCUUUCCUUGCGGUAUGCACCCUUCUCCUCUCUUCCUUUGUCCCCAUCCCAUGCCGCAAACGAGGCCGCCCCGCCUUCUGUUAUCGCCUCCAGGCCGUCGCGGACCGCUGCAACUCUGAGGCCGCAGCCGAUCCGCGCUUUAUCUUCGUCUUCUUCCUCCGCCUGCUCAUCCGGCCGCCUCGUCGCCUUGGCCAGAGCGUCGUUCCCCAAGAUAUCCUCUGGGAUCGAUGAGGAUCCCGCGACCGAGAAGUUCUUGCGCAACAAUUCCAUCUCCGACUUCAUGCGCUUCAAGAAAGGUCAAGUCGGUGGCCACUCUGGUGAAUUGCAGACCGCCGUCGUCAGCUACCGGAAGCGGUUCCCAUGGUCGUUGCUCCAUCCUUUUCUUGAGGUUGAUUUGGUGUCGACGAUCCAUAUUGCAGACAAACAGUACUUUGAGACUCUUCAAAGAGGACUUGAAUAUUAUGAUUGUGUCCUCUAUGAGAUGGUAGCAAGCAGGGAAAGUCUAGAAAAUAGAAUAAACUCAAAAUCCAAGGGAAAACUGAAACCUAAACGAUCCAAAGGCUUUAAUAUUAUUGGAUUCAUUCAAAGGCAGAUGGCUAGAAUUCUGUCACUUGAUUUCCAAUUAGAUUGUCUUGAUUAUGAAAGUCAAAAGUGGCAACAUGCUGACCUUGAUUAUGAGACUUUUAAAUUACUUCAGGAUGAAAGAGGUGAAAGCUUUUUCACGCUAGCGAAAGAAAUGACCCUCAGAUCUACAAAAACCUUGGUUCAACCUGUUUCCACAACAGGUGAUCUUGGUCCUUGGAAAUCUAAGCUACUUUGGGCUUCACGUGUAUUGCCCAUGCCACUUGUUGGACUUCUCAUUAUUAGUAGCGUAUGUUCACCAUUUGAAAGUUACAGCACAGAGUACUCUGAACUGGAAGCACUUUCCAGACUUGAUAUUGGAGCAGCAUUGAAGAUUUUCUUGGCCAAGCGGCUAACAUCUGAGUUUACUGAAAUAACUGCGGCUAUAGAGGAAAAAUCAGUGAUCAUUGGUGAAAGGAACAGAGUUGCAGCUGACGAACUGAGGAGAGUGAUAGACAAUGGGCACCAGAGAAUAGCAGUUCUCUAUGGAGGAGGUCACAUGCCAGAUCUUGGUAGACGACUGCGAGAAGAGUUUGACAUGGUCCCUUCUCAUGUGCAAUGGAUAACAGCAUGGUCCAUAAAGAACAAGAAGCUCGACAGCCAGUCCUUGCCGUUCCUCAAGGCAUUGGCAAAACUUUUGGGCUGGCCUCUCAACAGGUAUCAGACACUGGCUUUGUUAAUAUUCUCAUCUCUUCUUGCGCUUGAUCUUUGGUUCUGGGAGCUGUUCGUUCAGACUGCAAUCAACUUGGCUUCUUCAGCUGCAUUUGAAGUUGGUUCAUCGACUAACAUCAUGUGAUUUAUGUGAUCAUUUUAUGCUAGGAAAACUGCUAUGACCUUUUUAUGUAUCUUCACAUACAGAAAAAGGAAGGUUAAAGCUAAUCUUUUUGUUCUA